GUAGAAGAAGAGGGACACCGUUUUGUUCAGUUAAACAUGGCACCCUCCUUUAUGAGCUGCCCGGGCAGUUGAUCUUAGGAAGGAAUUUAAAGCUAUUACCUGAAUAGGGUUGUCACGCUAGCGCGUGUGAUUGUUGUCUAAACGAUGAACUAAAGAGUCCGUUUAACGGUAAUCAGCUACGACAUGUCUUGUGGUAUAAUGUAAUAACAGUUCACUUUGUUGGCGUUGCGGUUAGCAUGGGUAUAGCGCGCUAACUAGUUUCCUGGGAGAUCAAAGUACUGUUGAUUAAAUUAUAACGUGAUAACAAAGGGCCUCGAUUUCAAGGAUAUUUGAAGACCAUGUUAUCUACAAAGUAAGGGAAGUAGAGAAACAUCAUGGACUUUUCCGAGCAGGGGGAAACCGAAAUCCCCCAAGUCAUCGACAUGACCACCAGUGAAAAGGUGGUGGAGCUCCUGAAUCAGGCUGCUCUAACAUCCACAGAUGAAAAGCUAAUAAUGCUCAAACAGGUCCAGGAGCUUAUCAUCAACAAGGACCCCUCCCUUCUUGACAAUUUUCUGGAUGAGAUGAUCGCUUUCCAGGCUGACAAGUCUGUCGAAGUGAGGAAGUUUGUCAUUGGCUUCAUAGAGGAAGCAUGUAAAAGUGACAAUGAGCUUCUUCUCAGACUGGUCGCCAACCUGAACAUGUUGCUGAAGGAUGAAAGUGUGAAUGUGGUAAAGAAAGCCAUCCUCACAUUCACCCAGCUGUACAAAGCUACUCUGCAGUGGUUGGUGCGCUCCAAAGCAGUGUCGGACAUGCAGGAUGCAUGCUGGGAAUUGGUCACGCAGAUGAAGAGGGAUGUUCUGGCCUUGCUGGACUCUGAAAAUGAUGGUGUGCGCACUCAUGCUAUCAAGUUCACAGAAUCACUAAUUAUCACUUUGUCACCGCGGACAUCCGACUCCGACGUCCCCAAACGACAGGAGGGUGACAUCAGCCUGGACAAAGUUCCCAGAGAUCAUUGUUACAUUCGAUAUGAUGUUCUGUGUGAGGAGGGAAAGACGGCACUGGAGAAGCUGCUGAAGUUCAUGGUCCACCCGGCCAUUUCCAGCAUCAAUCUCACCACAGCGCUGGGCUCCCUGGCUACUAUAGCCCGUCAGAGGCCAAUGUUCAUGUCAGAGGUGGUGCAGGCAUAUGAGACGCUGCAUGCCAACCUGCCGCCCACUCUGGCUAAGUCUCAGGUCAGCAGUGUGCGGAAGAAUCUCAAGCUGCACCUGGUGGCGGUCCUCAAGCAUCCCUGCAGCCUGGAGUUCCAGGGUCAAAUCAGCACUCUGCUGCUGGACCUGGGAAUGCCCCAGAGCGAAAUCACCCGCUCCACACCUGCACCACGAGAGCAGCGGAAACGACCACGCCAUGACCAGUACGCAGAGGGAAAGAAGGUCAAGAUGGAGCCAGCCCUGAUUGAAGAUGACGAGGACAAGGAGGAGCCAGCUCCUCUGUCGGUCCCUAAACCAGCUGCUGUUCCAGUCGUACAGUCUGCCAUUGAUCUCACAGCUGAGUUCCUGCGCCCUCUGCUUACCUCUGAGAAUGUGGCCAACCUGGUGCUCAUCAGCAUGGUGUAUCUGCCUGACAUCAUGCCAGCAUCCUUCCAGGCCACAUACACACCUGUUGAGUCAGCAGGCACAGAUGCCCAGAUUAAGCACCUGGCCAGGCUGAUGGCCACGCAGAUGACUUCAGCUGGGAUCGGUCCAGGACUUGAGCAGUGCAAAGCCCGAGAGGAUGAUGCAGGCAAAGAGGAAGGCAACGAGGACGAUUCUGGUGCCAAAGACCUGCUCAUCAAGCGCAAAGUCCCAGCUGUGAUGGUGGGCCAGGCCAUCUCUGUGGUGGGAGGUUACUCGGACAAGGCUCCAAUCACUGAGGCUGAGGGCCGCGCCACAGUUAAGAGGCUUCCUGAACCCAUCCUUCCUACUGCACAAGCCAAGAUGGCAGGGGCCAGUGGGAGAAAAAAAGUGUUCCGCUUGGCAGAUGUUGUCCAGCCCUUAUCAGAUUCCCAAAUGGAAAAGUUAACAUCCAGAGCAGUCAGACGCAUCCUGCACUCAGAGAAGGCAAUCGCUCAAAGUGGCAUGUCCCAUGUCCGAGUCAAGCUCCUCUCCAGGCUUGUGACGCAGUUUGAAGGGAUGAUGAAAGAAGACGUGCUGGACUUUAUCCUGGAGGACAUCAGGACAAGGAGUGACCUGGCCUUUUCUCUCCUCUUCCAAGAGUACAACACGUACCUCAGCCAGCUGCCCGCUGGGCUGCUGGACAGCUACGACCACUGUCUCUACACUCUGCUGUCGGGCCUGCAGGAGAAACCUGAACAGAGGGACGGACUUUUUACCAAACUGGUCCUGGAGGCUCCCAUUAUAACAGAAUCAGCGUUGGAAGUAAUACGGCGUUACUGUGAGGACGAGUCUCGGGUGUAUUUGGGCAUGACGACUCUGAAGGAGCUCAUCGUCAAACGGCCUUCGAGGCAGUUCCAGUAUCUGCAUGUUCUGUUGGAUCUCAGCUCACAUGAAAAAGAGAAGGUGCGGACCACUGCCUUGGCUUUUCUAAAGCGUAUGUAUGAGAAAGACCAGCUCAGAGACUACAUUGAGAAGUUUGCACUGAACUACAUGCAGCUUCUGGUCCACCCCAACCCUCCCUCUCUUCUGUUUGGAGCUGACAAGGAUACAGAAGUGGCCGCCCCCUGGACUGAAGAGACUGUCAGACAGUGUCUGUUCCUCUACCUGUCCCUACUGCCACUGAACCACCGGCUGGUCCACGAGCUGGCUUCUGUCUACACCGAGGCCAUCGCCGACAUCAAGCGCAGCGUGCUCCGAGCAAUAGAACAGCCUAUCCGUGGAAUGGGAAUGAACUCUCCUGAGCUGCUGCUUCUGGUGGAAAACUGUCCGAAAGGAGCAGAAACUCUAGUGACUCGCUGUCUGCACAUUCUGACAGAUAAAGUGCCUCCGUCCCCAGAGCUGGUGGAGAGAGUGCGAGACCUGUACCACAAACGAGUACCAGAUGUUCGCUUCCUGAUCCCGGUCAUUAAUGGCCUAGAAAAGAAUGAAGUCAUCCUGGCGCUUCCCAAGCUGAUCAAACUCAACCCCAUUGUGGUAAAGGAGGUGUUCAACCGUCUGCUGGGAACCCAGCACAGUGAGGGGAGCUCAUCUGUUUCCCCUCUCACCCCAGGAGACCUGCUCAUUGCCCUACACAACAUAGACUCAACCAAAUGUGAUAUGAAGUCUAUCAUAAAAGCGACCAACCUGUGCUUUGGGGAGAAGAACGUGUACACAUCUGAGGUUUUGGCGGUGGUGAUGCAGCAGCUGAUGGAGCAGAGUCCCCUCCCCAUGCUGCUUAUGCGCACUGUCAUCCAGUCCCUCACCAUGUAUCCCCGACUGGGCGGUUUUGUCAUGAACAUUCUGUCCCGCCUCAUCACAAAGCAGGUGUGGAAGUACCCUAAGGUGUGGGAGGGCUUUGUGAAGUGUUGCCAGAGGACGAAGCCUCAGUCAUACAGCGUGCUCUUACAGCUGCCGCCUGCUCAACUGGCAAGUGUGUUUGAUCGCUGUCCAGAGAUGAGAGAGCCUCUUCUGCUGCAUGUGCACUCCUUCACCCCUCAUCAGCAAGCUCACAUACCUGCUUCCAUCAUGGCAGUCCUGGAAACAAACAACAAAACAGAACCUAAGCCUGUACAGCCUAUUGUGGAAAGAGAGAUUGAACCAGUUGUUGCUCCAGCUGCCUCUGUUCCAAAAGAGACUCCCACUGUGGCAGUGAAAGAGCCAGUCCAGCAGGAGCCAACUGCCACACAAGACGAAGAGCCAAUGGAGCAAGAGGAGUCGAAUCCAGUGAUACAGGAGGAAAGUCUCAGUUCAGUUUCCCAGGUGGAGUUGGCAGGAAUUAGUGAAACCCCAUCAUCUCAGCCAGAACCAGCUGAGGAGCCAAUGGAGACAUCUCAGUUAGAACCUUCAGACAUACAGGAGCCAGAACCUUCAGACAUACAGGAGCCAGAACCUUCAGACAUACAGGAGCCAGAACCUUCAGACCUACAGGAGCCAGAACCUUCAGACCUACAGGAGCCAGAACCUUCAGACCUACAGGAGCCAGAACCUUCAGACCUACAGGAGCCAGAAAAAGAUGUUGACGCUGAGGUUGCAGGGCCUGAGGCUGGAAGUGGCAGCGAGGAUAUAGAAUGAAUGCAUUCAAGACAUAUACACUCAAAAUAAAUGAACAUCUCUUUUUUUGCUAAACAGCCUGUAGGUGUUUCAGAAUUUCUUGUUAAGAAAACGCUUCCUUUUUGUAUUUGUAGUAGACUGAUUUUGAGGGAAAUAAAUACUAGGUACAUUUGUGUAUGAAA